CAGUUAGAAACAGAGCGACUCAAGCAGCACGUGGUUUUAACAUGGCGUCCCGCGCUGAGAGGAUGGUGAGUGUUUCAAAGGACUCCAGCAGCAGUGACGACGAAGAGCUUGAAAGAUGUCGGGAGGCAGUUUGGGAGAACCAAACAAACAAAGCCAAAGAUGGGGAUGGCAGUAUUAAACAGGAAUCAAGGCGCAUUGUCGUGGCUGACCAUGACGCAAACCAGCUCCAGGUCACCCAAGGAUUUCGGAAACAUGUUGCUAAAAAGCUGGAACAUCUGCUGGACAGUUGCAUUUCAGAAACAAAGCCUGUGGCCUUAAGAUGUCUGGAAUCAAGAUGUGGUGAUGAUCAUAAUGAGGGAUUUCGUCUGUUUUCUACAUCUGUCCCGGGACAGGAAGCUGCUAAGCCUCCGUCACCUGCCAGGCGUCGGCCUGCUCCCAGCUCAAGUGACAGCGACAGUGAGAUGGAAACAAGACUGAAGGAGGCAGCAGUGUCCAUCAGUGACCUGUUACCUUUAUCCACACACUUAUCUUCCUCUGCAGAGCCUCCCAGCUUGGAUGUCAGGGCAAAACAGAAUAAAGUGGAAGAGGAAGAAGAGCAUUAUGUUGUUAAGAAAAAGAAGAAGACGAAACAAAUUAAAGAGAAUAAGCAGGACUCUUUAUGCUCUGUUUAUUAUGAAAGCGAAUGUGAGCAGGAACACUCUGUAGUCGACGUAAAACGGAAAAAGCAAAAGAAGCGUAAAAGAAAGACAGAUGAGGAAGUUUUGAACUGAGUUUUUUUUAAUACAAUGUUUACUCAUUUGGGCUGUGUGUGCCUUGUGUUGAAGUGAUCAAAUGGUGUAGAGUUCUUCUCAGUAGUUUUCAGAUAACACAGGCACCCAGUUUGGUAAGAAAAUAACUUUACAUCCAUUCUUCAUGGUAAUGUUUAAAAAAUUCUAAUGACAAGUGAAAAAAGCAUUGAGGGAAAGCAAAUUAAAAUCAAUGCAGGUAACAUUCAGUUGCAGAGUUUCAUUAAGGUUACAAUUUCUGAGAAUAACAAAAUAUUUUAAUAAAAAAUACAUUUUGCUGUUGA